AUGUUUGGUCCAAUUAGGUAGAUUUCUAAUGAGAAAAAAUAAUAGCAAGAAUAACCAUGCAAUAAAUUACUUUAAUCUAGAUUUAUUAAUGGUCCAUAAGAUAUAAAAGAUGAUUUAAUUUGUUUAAUUUGCGAUAAUUUAUUAUUAAAUACUUCUAUAUGUUGCUAAUGCGAUUAGACUUAUUGCACUUAAUGCAUAGAUGAAUGGAUAAAGUAAGGAUCAGGAUGCUUAAAAUGUGAAGGAUUUUAGUUUAGAAGGUAAAAACCUCCAAUGUAUGAUGACUUUAUUAAUCUUAUUACAAUAGAUUGUCCAUUUUCUUAAAAUCCAUAAAAUUUUGCUUCCUGCUCUGAAAAGGGCAUGAAAUUAGAUUAAUCAUUGGAGCAUAUAAAAAAUUGUGAAUUUUAAAUAAAAUAAUGUCCAAACGAAGGCUGCAAAUUAUAAAUAGAAGCUAACAAAUACGAAGAUCAUGUUCAAUAAUGUUUAUAUAGAAUGUAUUGUUGCCCUUAUUGCAAUUAAUAAAUGCCUUACUUAAAUAGCUAACAGCAUGAUUCAAUAUGCCCUAGAAAAUAAGUUAAAUGUAAACAAUGCUUUAAUUUUUACUAUUAAAACUAAAUAAAUGAUCAUGAAUAGAAUGAUUGUCCUUAAAAGAUUAUGGAUUGCUAGUACUGCAAUCAAUAAUUUAUUAAAAAUGUGUUUUAACUACAUCAAAAAAACUGUCCGAAAGUACCUGUAAAUUGUGAUUGCAACAAAAUCUUUAUUCGUGAGCAAAUUGAUGAGCAUAAAAAGACUUGUCUGUUUGUGAAGCUAAUAUGUGAAAAAUGUUCUUAGCAAUACACUAGAUAAGAAGAUCAUUAAAACAAAGAUUGCAUUAAAUAUUUAUCAUUAAAAUGCUAGCAGAUAGAGACUGAUGUAUAUUUGUUAAACGAAUAAAUAAAUGAAAUUAAAAUUCACUUGAAUAUGCCUCUCUAUAAAUAAUAAUCCCAAUAUUAAUCAAUGAUAAGACCUGCUAUAUUUUAAUAAAGAAAUCAAUUCUUUUGA